ACGCGGGAAAACAGCGGGAAUGAGGGCCACGCCGAGUCAAACGUAGACAGGCGAGAAAUUACCGAGCGGGGAGACGCUCGUGUCGGACUUUUAUUGCAAGAUUUUGCUGGAGAAGAGACUGCACGAGCACCGAGAGGAGGUGGAAAGGGAAGAAGAUAAAGUGAAAAGGAGAAGUGGAAGUUCUCAUCCCAUGGUCACCACACAUGCCUGAUUUAGCCGAUAAGACGGAACAUCUUAAAUUUCAUAUCCCACCAUUGGUUGUGCUCCAUUCUCUGGCCUCUCCAGCUGAGCGACUGCCCAUGUUCCCCAAGCUUUGUUAUUUCAGCUACACUGCGGGCAUGCUCCAGUGCUGAGCUCCGCUGCUUAGCCGUACCAUGACCAGUCUCAAGCGUUCCCAGACCGAGCGCUCUGUGGGCGGCUCUGUUCCCGCCACAGAUGAGUUCUACACUCGCCGUCUGCGCUUGCCUAACGUAGGUGCACCGCCCCCUCGCAGCGAGAGCACACACUCGACUGGCACACCCGGAGUUCCAAAAAUGGGCGUUCGUGCACGGGUCGCCGACUGGCCCCCUAGAAAAGAUGGCGGCAGUGGAGGUGGUGAAAAGGGAGGGGGUGUGUGGCACAUCACGGUGGAGACGGACACCCCUUCCACCACGACUGGAAGUGCGCAAAGCAACUUGUCAACAAAGCUUGGUCACCUGAUCAGCCCUCAGGAUUCAUCCAUGCUGCGUAAUAUUCACAACACGCUCAAGAACAAGAUGCACAGCAAAGGUAAAGACAAUCGCUUCCUGUCCCCUGACGGUUAUCUCGGUUCGCCCCGGAAGGGCAUGCGUCGCAUUCGACAGCGCAGCAACAGCGAUAUUACCAUUAGUGAACUGGACGGCGAUGGCAGCGAGGGUUGGUCUUUCUCAGGUUGGACGCCCAUGCAUAGAGAGUAUGGGAGUACCUCUUCUAUUGACAAACACGGCGUGUCUGGCGAAAGCUUCUUCGACAUGCUUAAAGGCUACCAGACGGAUGCUCCUGACCAGCGUAGCCCAGCCCCUGAAAAGUUGAGCGAGUUGCUGACCGUAGCCCACAAACAAACUGCCCUCGACCUGCCUGAUGGACCUCUGGCUCCUCCACGUGGCAGUCCCGCCAGUCGCCUGAAAGAAAGGGAAAAGCACAUGAAGCGGCGCUCAAAAUCAGAGACGGGAGGAGAGUCCAUCUUUCGAAAGCUGCGUAGCGUCAAAGCCGAAGGGGAUUCGUCACGGGCAGGUUCCGACGCGGAGGACGGGAAGUCCGACGAUGCUGGUCCUCCGCCCAAACCGUGGGUCUGCCAGAAGGGUUUUGCGCACUUUGACGUCCAGAGCAUUCUGUUUGACCUGAACGAGGCUGUACAGAGUCGACAAAGUGCUGUUAAGAGGAAGAACACCACCACGGGUGCCUCUGCCGCAGCUGCAGCCUCAGCUUCAAACACCUCAUCUCUCUCCUCAACCCAGAGCGGGGCUUACGGAUCUCCUUGUGGAAGCCAGGAAGAGCUUAACAUCAAAGACGGGCCAUCUCUUGACUCCGGUGAUGACAAGACUAAUGACCUGGUACUCAGCUGCCCGUGUUUCCGUAACGAAAUCGGGGGUGAGGGUGAAAGAAACAUCAGCCCUUCCAAACAGGGCAGUAUUGGAAGUGGUGCCUCCAGCUCUUCAAGAGAUGAAGAUGGAUCUCCCGAAAGAGCUCCCAACACACAUUUUAGCAACGCAGGGGUGGCUGUUCUUGAAGCGCCCAAGGAUGGAAAGAGUCUCCAUCAUGAUCGGGGAAAGAGCAACAUAGUUGAACACGUGGACUUGGGUGCCUACUAUUACAGAAAAAACUUUUACUUGAGAGAGCACUGGAACUACUUGGGUGUGGAUGAGACACUGGGGCCAGUUGCCGUGAGCAUCCGUCGAGAGAAACUGGAGGACCACAAAGAACACGGCCCGCAGUUUAAUUACAGGAUCAUCUUCAGAACCAGUGAGUUAACAACCUUGCGGGGCUCUAUUUUGGAGGACACUGUGCCGUCCACCUCUAAGCAUGGCUUAGCUCGAGGAUUGCCCCUAAAAGAGGUGUUGGAAUAUUUGGUACCCGAGCUUAAUGCCCACUGCCUCCGACUUGCCCUCAACACACCCAAGGUCACAGAGCAGCUGAUGAAACUGGAUGAACAGGGGCUCAGUUUCCAGCUGAAGGUUGGAGUGAUGUACUGCCAGGCCGGACAGAGCAGCGAGGAGGAGAUGUACAAUAAUGAGGCAGCAGGUCCCGCCCUAGAAGAGUUCCUGCAGUUGCUAGGGGAACGGGUGCGCCUCAAGGGCUUCUCCAAGUACCGUGCCCAGCUGGACACCAAAACGGACUCUACAGGAACACACUCUUUAUACACAACUUUUAAAGACUAUGAGGUCAUGUUCCACGUAUCGACAAUGCUGCCCUACACGCCUAAUAACAAACAGCAGCUCCUUAGAAAAAGACAUAUUGGAAAUGACAUCGUCACCAUUGUGUUUCAAGAGCCGGGAGCAAAACCCUUCAGCCCCAAGAACAUCCGCUCACACUUUCAGCACGUCUUUGUGGUCGUACGGGUGCACAACGCAUGCUCUGAAAAUACCUGCUACAGCGUGGCCGUAGCUCGCUCAAGAGACGUGCCUGCUUUCGGACCACCCAUUCCUGAAGACGCCACAUUCCCGAAGUCCACCGUCUUUCGAGAUUUCCUGCUGGCGAAGGUGAUCAACGCUGAAAAUGCCGCUCACAAGUCCGACAAGUUCCGCGCCAUGGCCACUCGGACGCGACAGGAGUACUUGCGGGAUCUGGCCGAGCGUCAUGUCACGAGCACACCUAUCGAUCCCUCGGGUAAAUUCCCUUUUAUUUCUCUGGCCCACAAACGUAAAGAGAAGACUCGGCCUUACCUCGGCGCAGAGCUACGCAGCCCGGGGGCCAUCACCUGGCCCGUAUACGCCGAAGACCACGGAGCGGGAGGAGAACUGGAGGCCCUGUUGGCCAUUUCGAAUGACUUUUUGGUGUUGGUGGACGCAGAGGCCAAGGCUGUGGUCUUUAACUGCGCUGUCAAGGAUGUGAUUGGUUGGACGCUGGGAAGCCCCGCUUCCAUGAAGAUCUACUACGAACGUGGGGAGAGCAUCUCACUGCGCUCCAUGAAUAACAACACAGAGGACUUUCGUGAGGUUGUUAAACGAUUGGAGCAUCUCACUAAAGGCUGUGAAACUAGUGAGAUGACCCUGCGGAGGAACGGCCUGGGCCAGCUCGGCUUUCACGUUAACUACGAGGGCAUCGUGGCAGAGGUGGAGCCGUACGGUUACGCCUGGCAGGCUGGGCUGCGGCAAGGCAGCCGAUUGGUAGAGAUUUGCAAGGUGGCGGUGGCGACGCUUUCACAUGAACAGAUGAUAGACCUUCUCCGCACCUCAGUAACUGUAAAAGUUGUGAUCAUACCACCCCAUGAGGAUGCUACACCUCGCAGGGGAUGUUCAGAAUUGCAUCGGAUGCCGGAUGUAGAGUACAAGGGCACCAAUGAGAGCGGUUCAUUUGAGUACAAGUUUCCUUUCCGUAGCAAUAACAACAAAUGGCAACGGACAUCAUCCAGCCCACAGCAGUCUCUCACCGCCUCGCCCCAGAGUCACAGCGGAACCCCAAACCGUGCUGUUAGCCUGGGUGCCAGCAUGGGUAAGACCCUCUCUGCCGAGCGUCCUGAAAGAGCCGCUGCCAUUCCUCGCAGCGUGUCCAGCGACGGCCGUCCUCUGGACUCCAAAAGGAUGUCUCCGGGUUCUGAGAACUAUUCCCUGACCUCCUCUCUAAUGCUGGGCCGCUCGCCGCACAACCGCAGUUCCCCCAGUAAUCUCUCCUGCUCCAGUGACACUGGCUCGGGCAGCUCAGCUCACUGGAGGCAGAAGUCCAUGCCUGAGGGAUUUGCGCACAACAGGCACUCUCCUCUCCCAGCGGAGCGGCAAAUGGUGGCAGAAGGAGGAAGCAGCGGCAAGUCGACCCCCAGCUGGCCCAGAGUGGAGGACGGUUCUGAUAGACCCCCAUCAGAUGCCCCAGUCACUAAAUCUGGCUCCUCCUAUUCGGGUGGCCCACGUAUCCAGAGGCAGGAGCAGGUAAUUCAUCUGUCCCCCAAGAAAGGCAGCCAGGAAGGUCCAUAUUCCCACUCCAGCAGCAAUACCCUCUCCAGCACCGCCUCUAGUGGCGCUCACAGUGAUGAUAAAUGGUAUGAUCUGACUGGCGGAGGACUCGGAGACCAGCCGGACUCCGAGCCCAACGGUCUGGGUGGCGGUUACCUGCAGGGCGCUUCAGCAGACAGCGGAAUUGACGCCACGUCCUACGCCCCCCCUCACGGGAGUUCAAGUUCUCUGUUGGCGGUGGGAGCUUCUGGGGCCAGAGAGAGGACUGCUUCACCCUGGCACAGCCCUACAGAGGGUGGCCGUAGGGUACUUGAGAGGUCUCCUCCCGCUGCGGAGUCCCCGGUGUCCCCUGCGGACGUGCCACCUACUACCAGAAGCCCACCAACUCACCUGCUGGUCAGGGAUGGCAGUUCAUAUAGUCUGAGCGACAUGGCCUCCUUUUCCAGCACACGUCAUUCCGUCAGCCCUGCGGUCAUGAGCUCCACUCACAGCUCCCCACGUGAAGAGUCUUCCUCUGCCACCUCCCCCUCCUCAUCUUCCUCCCAGAGCUCGGUGUCACCCGGCCCCAAGAGCUUCUAUCCUCGCCAGGGAGCCACUAGCAAGUACUUGAUUGGCUGGAGGAAACCGGGCAGCACCAUUAACUCGGUGGACUUCGGAGAUGCACGCAAAAGAGCUCUUGGUGAAGGACCGGAUGGUGGAUUAUCUCAGACCAGACCUUCUCUUAGAGAUCUGCACUCUCCUCAAGCUAUGUGCAAAUCCACAAUGGAAGAGGACCUCAAGAAAAUCAUCACAAUAGACAGUCCAUCCAAACAACACAAACAACACAAGGAGAAGCCCUCCUCCUCAAGUCCUGCAACCUCAGGGCGACGUUCUCUACACCGCACCCUGUCAGAUGAGAGUAUAUACCGGGGUCAAAGGCUGCCGUCCCUGGGAGACUCCAUUUUGGAGCAGGCUCUAGCGAGUGACGUGCUUUUCAGCUGUUCCACCCUUCCACGAUCUCCAACCACCCGUGGGGCUCCACUGCGCAGACCCUCCUACAAAAUGGGCAUUAAGAUGCAUGGUGACCUCUCAGCGUCUGACACCUCUCUAGCAGACCUGCACGAGCGGCAUAGGCUGCCACCGCCUGAACUGGGUCUCCUGCCCCUCCCGGACACGGACACAGACAGCGGCCUGGACUGGACCCACCUCGUGGACGCUGCUAAUGCUUUCGAGGGUGAGAGAAGACCACAGCGCAUCCAGAGAGGGUUUGUGUUUAGUUCUCAGGACGUCAGUCAGAGAGGAGAAAGUUCUCAACAUCUUGAACUUCAAUCAGUGUCCCAUUCCAGACUGUCACCAAGUGAGGGACCUACAAGCUACAGUGGGAAGGUUUCUCAGUUGGAGGCUUUGGUGAAAUUGUUGCAAGAGGACUUGAAGAAGGAAAGGGAAGAGAAAUUGAAACUGCAGGCGCAAAUUAAAAGGCUUUGGGAAGACAAUCAAAGGCUGCAGGAAGAGUCGCAGAGCUCCGCUGCCAAGCUCAAGAAGUUCACCGAGUGGGUCUUCAACACCAUCGAUCUAAACUGAGGCUUCUACAGAAGACAGGCAAGAUCAAUGGACUUUGAAGACCACCGGAUAAACUCUUUCCUUGUACAGUACGCUACCGGAUUGAGAAUUCAACGUUAUUUGAUAUUCACAUGAAAAUCCAUAAACUGUCAAACAUCGCAAACUCUCUUGAUAAUAACCGACACUGACAUGACUCUCAAAGUCAGAGGAGGGCUCGUUUUCGUGAUGACUUCCCUCUAGAUCCCUCGGGAUGCUAUUAAGAAAAAGCCGCAGGAGUAACUUACAACUAUGGCUGAUUCGGCCCAUUUGGUCCAUUCUGGUUUCUCCUACGCCCUGCUUACGACCGACAACCUGACGUUCUGUUUUAGACGUUUGGACAGUGCUGCAGACCCAAUUCAUUAAAUCAGAAAGCAAGUCGAAGACCUGCCUUGAUGAAUCUGUGAAAUUUUGAGCCGAAAUUUGUGCUUUCCCCCCAACCGUUCAGCAAACAAAUUUGUGUAAAGCCUAUCCGCAUGCUGUGACGAAUCAAUCUACAGUACCAACUCCACGUCCGCUUGCAUUUCAAAAGAAGGAUUUUGACAGGUUUCCGAGGUGGCAUGAAGUGAUUUGCUCAUAAUGAAGUCAAUAUUUGUGAUGUUACGUCUCAACAUCAAUCAAAGCAAUAGCAGGGAGUCGAUAUCCUUGUCUUAUAGACUGAAGGACUUAAAGCAAAACGUAACGUCUGACAAUACCCUGCCUUGAUUCCUCUCAAGUAAAGCAACUGUACGUCUGCGGUACGAACGCUGAAGACUCUGCGGUCUCCGAAAAUGCCCAUGUGGAUUUAAAGGACAAGUCUUAUUUUUGGGAACAGUUCAGUUAUUUAUUUCAUUAUUUCAUGUUACGAGUAAAUAAUUAAGAUGCUCUAUGCGUGCAGUACAACGGACAUCUGUGAAUAGCAUUUAUUUAGCGAGGGGAUGUCACUUGCUUUGGAUUUUGUUUUUAUUCUUCAUUUUAGUAGAGUUCUGCCUGAUCUGCAGUAUCUUUAGUUGUGCGAGUUGUGGUGCCCUAGUCUGCUAUUGUAUCGCUUUAGUGCCAUCUAGUGGUGAUAAUAAGUGACUUCUCUGAUCUUUUCCAGUUUGUUUCCAUGUUGCCUAUACAGACACUCAUACAAACAGCAGUGUUGGAAACUUUUAGACAAGAGAAAAACGAUUAGAUGUAGACACACGGGUUUAAUAUCAGGGAUAAGAGGAGGUGCCUUUUUGAGAAAACGGAUUAAACUGGCUUAAUAAAAGUAUGAGAAGCCUUUCAUGGGAGGUGCGCCUCAACCCAGCUCCCAUGAAAAAUACGACAGCCUGCUUGCAGAACAUGCAUACACAGUGUUCAGGUGCCCUGUGAAUAUAUAUUUUUUUCCCCGUGUGGCCUGACAUUGCAUAAUAAUAAGCGAUGAAACCUGGAGAAAUGAACCGGGUUCACUGCCUGAGAUCAAUAACAUUGAACAGUAAUCUCACACCCUGUAAUAGCACUUUGCUCUUGUUGUCAGUUCCUCACAUGAACGUAGUGGCAUUAGGUCAGCCAUUAAAGACCAAACCUCCUGCCCUGCUUCUAUCAUUGACCCAGUAACAUGCAGUAGUAUAGAUCUCCAUUUUCUAGUUAGCGGGGCUUGUUUAUACUGUUCAGCGAGCACUAGCCAAUUUCUCAGUACUCAAGUCGGAGUCGAUUUCUGGAUACUUUACGUAUUAUGAAGAAGAUUUGCACAGUGGAUCUGGAGGUGACUUCGAUCCGAGUCGGUGAGCCAGUGAGUCGUAAUCGAUUCUGUUCUAGGAAUCAUUAGAAGAGUCUCAGAAAUCGCCUCCUGAUGCCAGCAGAGAGCGACAGAGCAAGAAUGCUAAACAUUUUGCCACAAUCAAAGCUCCCUGCACAAAAAUGACCCUAAAAAUGAGAUUGUUAGUUUCGUUCCUGCACGGCUUUCGAUUUUUGUUUCCAAUUUUGCUCCCUCGGUCAAGUGGGUGUAAUAAGAACAUCAAACUCACUGACUGAAGAAAAUAUGACUGCUUUUCUUAUAUCUCAUAUAUAUAUAUAUACCGUUCCCUCCGGUAUUCAUUUCUCUAUGAUAAUUUUUAAACGCAUAGAUGGUUUUGUUCACGGUAAAUAUUAAUGACUGUGGGAAUGUAAAUGUUUUUUUUAUUAUCCAUUCUCUUACGUCUUGUAAUUUUGUUUUUAGUUGCUCGAUUUAAAUUUCUUUGCACUGUUUUUUUUUUUAUUUUGUAUAAAUCUAUUGCUGUUGGUUUAUGGACAUGCAUAAACAUAUGGCUCUUGAUGUUGUUUCUUGUUCUUACGUAUGCAGUCUCUUUUGAAAGAGAUGAGUCGUUUCCCGCCUCACAUCUCUUUAUAUCGUGUCAUUAGACGUUAUUCCAUAUAUUCUCCCAUUUAAACUUUAAAGAUGAUGAUGAUGUGCACAUUUUUAAAAAAGGAGCAUUAUGACUACAAACAAAAAGUACUGUUUACAUAUGCCGUUCAUCUUUGUAAAGUGUAGAGGUUUAAAAAGAGAUGAUUUCCAGUGAUUACAGUAUUAAGGUUUCAUAAAUAAAUAAUAAUAAUAAAAACUUGAUUCGAGGUGCUGUAAUUAUUCAUAUUCAACUUGAUCGCUCGUGCUCGCCGCCCACUCUAUGAGGUGUAAUCCGCUAUUGCUUUCUGAGCCAAUAAAUUAAAUUUAAUGCCAUAGUUGAAUGUCA